AUGAUGCACUCCUCAGUCUCAUCCCCCCCAUGUCCCAUUGCGGCAGCGGACGACAAGCUCAACCGUUUGGUCCAACGCAAACGGGGAAUGUUUCGACGUGCCAACAGUAUUGAAUCCCUCUUUGGACAGCUCCAGCAGCACUCUAUCAAGUCAAGGCCAAAUGCCAUUUCACGGGUUGUUUCGGAUGGUAUGAAUGACACAUCCAGACGAGAUGAAUUGAUCUCGACUCCUCCAUUGCUGAUACAGCGAUGGGACAGCGGUAGUCAGCACCCUCGUUCCGCAGCUCGCACCAAACAACGCAAGAGCAGAAAGAAGAUUGACAGGCCACCGUCGCCUCCAUCCUCCUCUGGUUCUCGGCUUGGGGUUAUGCGGAAUCAUGUCCACCAAAAAAGGUCAUCCUUGCCUGAAGAGCUGCUGAUUCCAGCAGCGCCAAUCUCUUCGACUUUGGUUGUGCCAAGCCGCGAGGAGGAGCACCACACACUCAACCAUUGCUGCUGCCGCUGGGAUAGUGACAGCUCCUUGAACGACACAGAGCCAAAGACCAUCAACCGGCCCACAGGAGAUGCAAGCCCGGUUACUACAGCAGCACUACGAGAGAGGUUUGCAGCAUCAGCUUGA